CCUAGAGCAUAUUCCAAGACGAUGAUGGUGGAAAACGAAUGGUGGAAAUCGCAGCUCGCUCUGGAAAUACACGACGUUCUCCGAGAGAAAGAAACCAGAUUGCCACCUUUUACUUCAUCUUCACCUCAGUUAAAACUCAGGCGUUUUCUUGUUGAUUGGCUUGCUGUAUUCUCCGAGAGGAUUAAAAGUUCUCAUGGUGUGCUUCAUUUAGCUGUGUAUUAUAUGGACCUCUUUAUGGAUAAAUUUGACAUAGAUGAACGCAAACUUUAUCUUGUUGCGUUAUCAUGUUUGCUGCUGGCAGCAAAGUUUGAAGAAAAUGAGGACAAGAUACCAACCAUAUCAACACUGAAUGCCUACGUUCAUAACCUGUUCAGUGCACCAGAAUUUCAUCAGAUGGAACUCCUGCUACUGAAUUUUUUCUCAUGGAACUUAGAUUUACCUACACCUGUACACUUCAUGGAAUACUACUUGAUUCAUGCAAUUUCAGCAACAGACUGUCAGUCUGGUGGAAGAAGUCUUGAGGAUAACACCAAGCCAAUGGCUUAUACCAGGAAAUAUGUGCAUUAUUUCCUGGAAAUUGCUUUGCAGGAUCAUUCAUUCCUAGCAUUUCCUCCCUCGGUGAUAACAUCAGCAGCAGUAGCUGCAUCACGACUGAGGCUUCACCUCUGCCCAUCCUGGACACCCCUACUGAUCAAGGUUACAUCCUACACAUGGGAGCAGAUCGCACCCUGUGUGCACAUUAUGUUAAGAGCACAUGAUGCAGAUGAGAAAGCAAUGUCACAACAGAAAGCAGUUAAUGCCAAAGGAUGAAAAAUCUUCAUUUCCUGGAAAGAAUAACAAGCUGGACACACAUAAAUGUAUCUCAGGAUUCAUAUAAAAAACAAGCCACUGGUCUGAAAUAUAAAUUGCUAAAAAUAUCAGCUGCAAUAAAAACCCCUUUCAGUCCACUUGGUAAAUGAAAACUGGCCAGCAAGAAUGAAACAAAAUUGCUUCAAGUGACAGUCAGUAAUUAAUGAUUUUGAUAAGAAUUUGACAAGGCAAUAAACUUUUCUAUGUCCAAAGCUUCUCGAAGUUCAUAGGAGUUCAUAGGAGAGCUUGCCUCUGCCUUGUUUAAAACCUUUGUAUCAGACUUGCAGGCUCAUUUAAAAGUUCAAUACUUUUCAAUGCCAAGUUCAAAGUGCAUUGUUUCCAACAUGUAUGAAAGUACUUGAACCUCUAAUAAUAUCAAUUCUAUAAAAAUAUUGCUGGCUUCCACAGGGUGUGAAUAAACUAUUUCCAUACUAUCAUUCAAUCUGUACUUUUUAUAUUCUAGUCUAAGACAAUUUUUUCUCUAUUAAAUAAUUAGAAGUAAGCUGAAAUUCCAAAAACAGAGUACAAUGGUAAUAUUUAAUGGAAUAUGUAAGGUAAAAAAACUGACUCAGAAUUCAGUUUACACUUUGAUUGUCACUCAAUUUUUUUUUUAUUUUAAUUUGAAAACUACAUGGUCUUGCAGAUGAAAAGUAAUUUUAAGUAGAAAUGGUUGUGAACCAUAUAGAAACUGAAGGCCCAGUAACUUUGCAAGAAACAAAUAUGAUUUUACAAUACAGUCCUUACUUUUGGUCCUAGGUUGUACAUGCUCUAAGGGCCUGAGAAACUCACACAACCUUUAUAAUUUUGCUUUUACCAACAAAGUUGUUUAUUUUCCACAUAGCUGAACACAAAAUCAACUUCCAAAUGCUAAAUCACUCCACAAGCAAAGUUCACAUGUUCCUGCAGAUCAGCAGGUUAUUGGCUAAUCUCUUAAAAAGUUCAGAUACUCUAGUCUAGUAUGAAAUUAAUUGUGAUCUGAAGAUAAGCCAACUAGAAUCAUUACUGACACUGUCCUUCUAGUCUAAAUUGUGAGAAAA